AUGGGAAAACCACGAACAAAACACACCACCACCACCACCGCCACCACCAUGGAACGAACACCCCUCUCCCAAAAGUUCCUCCCAACCCUCCGCUUCUUAACUUUCACAACCGGCCUCAUCAACAUGAUCCUCCUCUCUCUAUACUGGUACUUUAUGUCCCACCUUCGGUACCAAGUCGAAGACUACCCCUGGUCUACAAUCCUCUCCUACGCCUGCGUCUUUGCCCUCGGACUUGGAUACUCCUAUUCCCUCUUCUUUCCUUCCUUGCUCGGCAAGGAAUCUAGAAUCGUCACAUUGGCAAUGCUUUCGCUGGCGGUGUUGGUGGUCAAGUUUCGAGUGCUGGUUCCCAGUGGGUGGGAGGGGUGUGAUGGCGAGAUGACUUGUACGAUCGAGUUUGCUGAGAUUGUGGCGUCAAUGGUGUUAGGGUUUUUGGUGCUCCCUGAGAUGGCAUUGACGUAUUUGGUUGCCCGACGGGUGCCCAACGGCAAGGUUGCGGAUUAUUCAUAA